AUGGCGGAAGCACAGCAGAUCCUACGGGAUCCGGCGCUGUUCUAUUGGAUCCUCCUCCCCAUUACUGUGGUGAUGGUCCUUACAGGCAUACUACGCCACUACCUCAGCACACUCCUUCAGAGCGCCCCGAAACGACAGCCUCUGGCCAAACUGCGCGAACAGCGCUCUCUCCUCCGCUCUGCAAACCUCCGUACCAACUACGCCCAGAUCAGUGCCUCAGCAUUUCAGAAGCGACGGGAGUGGUUGAUCGAGAAUGCAAGAGAUGGCAAGUUCCUUGCGGACCCUGAUGCCAGAGGAAAAGGGAAGCCAAAUCCAAUGUCGGACCCGGCGAUGAUGGAGGGCAUGAUGGGCAUGAUGAAGGGCAAUGUGGCCAUGAUGGUGCCGCAGAGCUUGAUUAUGGGAUGGAUCAAUGCCUUCUUCUCUGGCUACGUGAUCAUGAAAUUACCCUUCCCACUCACGCCACAAUUCAAGCAGAUGCUGCAGGCAGGUGUCGGCACCAGAGACUUGGACGUACGAUGGGUGAGCAGUCUGUCGUGGUACUUCCUUACGUUGUUCGGGCUUCAGCCGGUGUAUAAUUUCAUCUUGGGGAGCAACAAUGCUGCGAACCAAGUAACGCAACAGAUGGCUCAGUCCCAAAUGGGCGCGAACCCUAUGGGCGGCGCUGAGGACCCAGAGAAGUUGUUCAAUGCCGAAGCGGAGAAUCUGGAGGUCAUUGAGCACUACUACAUUCUCGAUGGAGUCGAAGAUAGGCUGCUCGAAAGGUUCCAAGGAGCGAUAUAG